AUGGGGGUGUUCCUCUUAUCUCAGACUGUGGUUGGGAUUCUGGGUAAUUUCUCUCUGCUCUACCAUUAUGUAUUCCUUUUCUGCAUGGGGAACAGAAUGAGAGGCACAGACUUGAUUCUUAUGCACUUAAUUGUGGCUAACUUCUUAAAUCUUCUGUGUAGGGGCAUUCCCCAAACCAUGGUGGCUUGGGGCUGGAGAUAUUUCCUCAGUGAUCUGGGGUGCAAACUGGUCUUCUAUCUUCACCGAGUGGGCAGGGGUAUGGCGAUUGGUAGCAUUUGCUUCCUGAGUGUCUUCCAGGCUGUCAGCAUCAGCCCCGGGGACUCCCGGUGUGCAUGGCUGAAGGGGAGAGCCCACAAGCACAUUGUCUCCAUGGUCUACCUCAGCUGGGGGGUCAGCCUCCUGGUGAACAUUACUUUCCUCAUAUACAUAACUGGACCUAAAACAGAUGAAAACAUGACUAUCGUAAAAGACUAUGGAUACUGUUCCUCCAUGCUUAAAAACCCAGCUGCAGAUGUACUGCUCAUAGUCUUGCUCUCAGUGGCUGAUGUUCUGGGCCUGGGGCUCAUGCUCUGGGCCAGCAUCUCCAUGCUCUUCGUCCUCUACACACACAAGCAGAGAAUGCAGCACAUCCAGAGGACCAGUGUCUCCUGCAGAGCCUCUCCUGAGUCCAGAGCUACCAAAAACAUCCUUCUCCUCGUGAGCACCUUUGUGUCCUUUUAUACCUGGUCCUGCAUCUGUCAGAUCUACAUGGCUAUGACUUACAACCCCAGCCCUGUGCUGCACCAUAUGGCCGCUUUUGCUAUGGGCUGUUUCCCAGCUGUCAGCCCUUUUCUGCUCAUGAGUGGUCGCUCCACUCCCUACAGCCUGUGCUUUGCCUGCAGGAGGAGGAGGAAAGUGGUCCUCCCCUGAGGAACACACAAAGGUUCAUU